GGCCUGCCGUAGGCGCCGGGCCCGGGCGGCGGGGUCACGUGACGUCCGAGGGCCGCAGCGGCGCCGGCGCCAUGGCCGCUAAGUCGCUGUCGCGCUUUUGGGAGUGGGGCAAGAACAUCGUCUGCGUGGGCAGGAACUACGCCGACCACGUCAAGGAGAUGCGCAGCGCCGUGCUGAGCGAGCCGGUGCUCUUCCUGAAGCCGUCCACCGCCUACGCCCCCGAGGGCACCCCGAUCCCGCUUCCCGCCCACACCCGCAACCUGCACCACGAGCUGGAGCUGGCGGUGGUGAUGGGCAAGCGCGGGCGCGCCGUGCCCGAGGCCGCGGCCAUGGACUACGUGGCCGGCUACGCCCUGUGCCUGGACAUGACCGCCAGAGACGUGCAGGACGAGUGCAAGAAGAAGGGGCUGCCCUGGACGCUGGCCAAGAGCUUCACCGGCUCCUGCCCCGUCAGCGCGUUCGUGCCCAAGGAGAGGGUCCCGGACCCUCACCAGCUGAAGCUCUGGCUGAAGGUCAACGGCGAGCUCAGACAGGAGGGUGACACCUCCGCCAUGAUUUUCUCCAUCCCGUACAUCAUCAGCUACGUCUCUAAGAUCAUGACCUUGGAAGAGGGGGAUAUCAUCUUGACCGGGACGCCCAAGGGAGUUGGGCCGGUUAAAGAAAACGACGAGAUUGAGGCCGGCAUUCACGGGGUCGUCAGUAUGAGAUUCAGGGUGGAGAGGCCAGAACGCUGAGUCUACACAGCGUCCUACUUCCUCGGGGUCAGGAGGAAGGGAGCAACGGCUAUUAGACGUGACUGUCCUUUAUGCGAAUCCAAGUAUGAUUGAUUGUCACACCUCCACUGCAGGAAGGGAGGCCUUUCAAAAACACGUGAUCUGGAAGAGCUGGGACAGGGAUGUUCCAACCAAAGUAAAGGAUCCGAUUCCUCUGAAGAGAGUGUGUCACACCAGAUGUUCAGAAGACCUCAUUCUUUUCAUACAACGGGACUGGACACGACUUUUCCGUGAGUCAUGCUAGGAAAAAAAGUUCAACACUUAAAGCUGUAAAGGGAGCCUCAAGUCAGACAGAUUUCCUGGGACUGGGCCAGCCGGUGGUGUGGUGGCUAAAGCCACCCAGUCCCACAUGGCUCUCUGUUGUUGGAGUCCUGAACCCUGCAGCUUAAAAAAUUACAAAAAAAAAAGGAAUAUAUAUAUAUAUAUAUAUAUAUAUAUAAAAUAUAUAUAUAUACACACACACACACACACACACACACAUCUCACAAGUUUUCUUGAUUCUGAUAAUCAUCUGGAGGCAUUUAUAAAAAUAAAAAUUUGAAAUUACUAGCCCAUCUGAA